AUGGAGGUUGGCCGAAAGGUGGCCGAAGCGCUUCCCGAGCCUCGCAUUAUCAAGCACCAUCUCCCGUUCUGGCUGUCACCGUACCACCCGCUUGCCAAGUACGUCGUCGCAGUGCGCAACCCGUUCGACUGUGUCGUCUCCUUCUACCACCACUGCCGAGCAGAGCCCUCCAUGGGCCUCCGCCCGGGGACCACGUUCGACGAGUUCUUCGAGCAGUUCCUGGAGGCGCGCGUACCCUUCGGCUCGUACUUCGACCACGUCUUGUCCUGGUACGCCCGCCGCGACGACUCCAACGUCUUCUUCUUCUACUACGAGACGCUCAAGCAGCGCCCGGCCACCGUGACACUGGAAAUCGCCGACUUCCUGGACGCCGCCGCUGCAGCGAGGCUUCGCGGAGACGAGCGACUCCUACGCUACGUGGUCGACAAGACGUCCAUCGGCAGUCUCAAGACCAGCCACUUCUCGGCUGGCCCGACCCGUCGCGGUGCGGGGACGCCUCGUCCAAAAGCGAAGGAACCGUUGGACAAGCUUUCCGCGAAUCACUUCCGCAUGGGUGAAGUGGGCGAGUGGAAGCGUCACAUCAAGCCAGACCAGGCGCGGCGCCUACGUCAGCUAUGCGAAGAAAGGAUUAGUGGGACCAAGAUGUGGUACACGUGGCAAAAGUGGAUGGAAUGA